CUCAUUCCUUGCUUCUUCCUCUCUUCCUACACAGUCUGCACUGUCCAUACUCGUAUCAAAACAUCGUUGGCUGUUCCUAUCUUCGGCAUCACUCUCGCUUUGGGCAUAUUUGUGACUGCGUAUUACACUCUACCACGUCCAUCGCGAGCUUCACCUUCUCGGGCUCCUCCAUCAUCGCUCUUCUUCAUGGUGCAAGACAAACAGCACGUCCUCAUCAUAGGAGGCAAUGGCUUCCUAGGCUCUCACAUCAUCACCAGCUUCCUCGACGCAGGAUGGCCCGGCUCAAAACUCACGGUCCUCGAUAUUCGUGAACCCAAUACAAAAGUCCCCAGCGUCGGCUACAUCACGGGUGAUAUCUGCAAUCCAGACGAUAUGCGCAGUGCAUUUAGAGGGAUCGAUAUUAUUGUGCAUACAGCCUCACCGUUGCAUGGACUCGGUCGAACAGUGUACUUCAAAGUCAAUGUCGAAGGGACACGUACGAUUAUUGAUGUUGCGAAAGAACUGGGCGUCAAGGGACUCGUGUAUACCUCUUCUGCUGGUGUUGUCUUUGAUGGGAGUGAUCUUGUCAAUUGUAAUGAAGAUGCGCGGAUCCCUGAAAUCGCCAUGGAUGCGUAUAAUGAGUCCAAAGCAGUUGCUGAGCAACUCGUCCUCGACAGCAAUGGACCAACCUUCAAGACAUGCGCUCUUCGACCUGCAGGACUCUUUGGGGAAGGCGACAGGCAGAUGAUUCCGGGAAUGCUCAAAAUCUUGAAGAAUGGCCAAACGCGCUUUCAACUCGGCAACAAUGACAAUUUGUUUGAUUACACCUAUAUUGGCAACGCCGCACACGCUCACGUCCUUGCAGCGCAAAAAUUGCUUCAAAAAUCACAAGAUCCACAGCACGUCUAUCGUUCAGCUGAGGGCAUCGCCACAAACGGUGUUGAAGGGGAAGCCUUCUUCAUUACGAACGGCACACCCAUCUACUUUUGGGAUAUGCCACGCGCGAUUUUCGCAUACAUGGGGCAUAAACAUACAGGCAGCUACAUUGUCUUGCCAAAAGCACUAGCGACGUACAUGGGACUCGCGAGUGAGUGGGUCUGUUGGGUACUCCGUAAAGAACCCACUUUUACCAGGUUCCGCGUUCAGUUUGCUUGUGCGCAACGAUACUAUGACAUUUCAAAGGCCAGAGAACGAUUGGGUUAUGAAGCGCCGGUAUCGCUGCAAGAAGGUCUAGCGCGAUCGCUUGAAUGGGCAAAGCAAAAUGGAGAAGCUUGAAUUAGGAGAACGAGUGGAAGAAGCUAGAGCUGUUUUGUUUAGAAAGCGCGUCAACAUGAAAGAGAAGGAAAAGGCACCCGAAGCCUUCUAGACAUCCAGGCGCGACGAUUUGUCUCGGUUCGUGGGUGACUGCGUCCUUGAUGGUUUCGCAAUCUUUGGAUCGCUAUAUCCCCAAUCCUUCAUAGACUCGCCAUAAUGCUCGCUUGGCGCUUGAAUGUACGUUGCUCC